UUUCCUAAUUUUAGUCGGUAGUCGGACUUGAAGAUAACGUUGAGCUGCUUUUGCUGGUUUUCCCAUCGCCGGACUUAUGCUCUCAUGCCUCGCUUUCUCCCUCGAUUCCUUGCCCCUCACCAUCUCCUUCUCCAGCAGCGACCACGCCGACGAUGUUCUCGCCAUCCGUCUCCUCAGCCGGCGAGCGACCGCCGCUACGUUGGCACAAGCCAAGCAGUCCCACGCUCGCAUCCUCCGCUCCGGCCUGUCUCAUGACCCCUCCGUCCUCCCGUCCCUUCUCCGUCUAUACUCCUCUCACCGUAGCUUCGACCUUGCAGCUCGCCUCUUAUCUUCCUUCCCAAACCCACCCACAAUCGCCUGGAAUCUCCUCAUCCGCGCCCUCGCUGGUGGGGGCUCCCCCCUCGACGCCCUCCUCCUCUUCGACCAAAUGCUCGCCCGCGGCGUCCUGCCUGAUAAGUUCACCUUCCCCUUUGUCGUCACGGCGUGUUCGAUUAUCGCCGACCUGGACAAGGGCGAGGAGGUCCAUGCCUCCGCGAUCAAGUCCGGGUUCUCCCGAGAUCCAUUCCUGCAGAAUUGCCUGAUCCACUUCUACUUCCGCUGCGGCAAACCCGUCGACGCGAGAAAAGUGUUCGACAGAAUGCCCGUCAGGAGCGUCGUGUCGUGGACCGCUCUGCUCUCCGGACUCGUGGCCUCCGGCGAGAUAGAGGACGCCAGGGCUGUCUUCGAGGCCAUGCCGGCUCGCAACGUGGUGAGUUGGACGGCGAUGAUCGAUUGCUACGCGAGGAAUGGGCGCCCCGACGAGGCGUUCGGUUUGUUCCGAAGGAUGCAGGAGGAGGACGUGCGACCGAACAAUUUCACCAUCGUCGCGCUACUGAUAGCUUGCAAGGAUCUCGGGAGCCUGGAGCUGUGCCGGCGGGUGCACGAAUUCGCCCAAAAGAACGGCGGGCUCGACAAAUCGGUCUACAUCGGCACCGCGCUCGUGGAUACUUACAGCAAUUGCGGCAGCUUGGAGGACGCACAGAGAGUGUUCGACCAAAUGCCAGAGAAGAGCUUGGCGACGUGGAACUCCAUGAUCACUAGCUUGGGAGUUCAUGGGCAGGGAACUCGCGCGCUGGCUCUGUUCAAGACGAUGCGGCGCUCAAAUCUGCAGCCCGACGGGAUAACCUUCGUCGGCGUCUUGAGCGCCUGCUUAAGGAAAGGCCUGGUGGCGGAAGGCCUGAGGUUGUUUGGGGCCAUGGUCGAACGAUACGGCAUCGACCCCUGCGGCGAGCAUUAUGCUUGUCUCGUUCGGCUUUUGGACUGCGCCGAUGAGUCGGAUGAGGUGAAGGAAAUGGUGAACGAUUUGGUAGUGAAGCUGGAUGUGGAACAGAGGCAGAUGCUGAUUGAAUCUCUCAAAAAAUUGUGGUUGUUGGAUAUUUAAAUAAUUAACGAUUUAAUUGUUUUUUAAAACAUCUUUUUUGCUCCGAUGAUGCAUUUGUAAAAAUAUAAUUUCCAUGUUAAUCUUGGGAUGGAUUGAUCCUGAGACAGAUUGACGGAACGCUGGGAUGAAUGUAUUUAUCU